AUGGCCUCGGCCUCCCGCUCGGCCUGCUCCAGGCCAGGCUCGGUUUUGCUGACUUCAGCAGCGGCUGCCCAGCAACAUGGUCCAGCCGCGGAGGCUCCCCAGAUCCGCAUGGGUCGAAAGCUCCCUUCCAGGUUGACGAGGAGGCGGGGGCUGGGGCAGUGCUCGACGCCUCUCCAGGCUGCUCUGGGCGGCCCCGAGGGCUUGGAGAAGCCGCCGGGGCGGUUCGUCUGGGCGAGCAAGUUUUGGAAUCAACCUUCCCCACCCGAGGGCCUCGCAGACGAACGGGACUCCCAGGGCUGUGGUCUGGGUAGCCGGGGGUGGACACUCGCACCCCACGGCGGUGCAGCGGGCUCACGCACGCACACUUGCUCUCAGCAAGUUCGGGAGCCAGGGGACGCCGCGACGGGCAAGGCCCUUAGAAGUGGGGCGGCCUGGCUAACUCAUGCAGGCGCCCUUGGCAGCAGAGGGGCGCCGUCCACCUCCUACCCUCCGCCUCCGCGCGCUGGGCCGAGCAGGCCGGCCCCCACCCUCAGUCCCAGGGCACCCGACGCUGUUCCUGCGGAGGACGGGUCCGAGUCCGGGACUGGACUUGAAUUCUGGUCCUGGCGGGAAAACGUGAAGCCAGAACGCCUGGCCCCAGAGCUACAGAAGAGCCGGUUGGGCAGCCUAUCUAUCACACUCUGCCAGUCUGGGCCUGUCCCCCGCCUCACCCAGGGGGAUGGGGGUGGGGAUCCCAGCAAGCCCUCACUGGCUGCCAGGUCAGGCCUAGGCAGGGAGAAGGGACCUAGAUUAGUUGAGAGCUGUUUUCUCACUGUCCUUUUCCUACAGGUGGUUGCAGUCCUGGCAGUGGUCAUGGGAACCCACGCCUUCAGUUUCCGGCCCCUCAAGGACAACUUCCACCGACUUUGCUGCCGAAGCAAAGAGCAAGCCUCUGAAGACUGGCUGAAGUGGAACCCGGUGGUGGUGACUCCUCCAGAGACGGCCAGCCUCACCUACCAUGAAGAGUCCUGCCGUGCCAGUGAGGAUGGACCCCUUAACAGCAGGGCCAUCUCCCCCUGGAGAUAUGAGUUGGACAGAGACUUGGACCGGCUCCCCCAGGACCUGUAUCACGCCCGUUGCCUGUGCCCACACUGUGUCAGCCUACAGACAGGCUCCCACAUGGACCCCCUAGGCAACUCGGAGCUGCUCUACCACAAUCAGACUGUAUUCUACCGUCGGCGGUGCCACAGAGAGCAAGGUGCCCACGAUGGCUACUGUCUGGAGCGUAGGCUCUACCCUGUCUCCUUGGCGUGCGUGUGUGUGCGGCCCCGGGUGAUGGCCUAG